AUGGGACAGGCCCUUAGGAUCAAGAGCUGUGACUUCCAGGCAGCAAGAAACAAUGAGGAGCAUCACACCAAGGCCAUUAGCUGCAGAAGCCUCAUUGUGAGGAGAGGACAGCCCUUCACCAUUCGCCUGCGCUUCCGAACACCAGUGCCCAGAUUUGGGUCUGCCUUGAAGAAGGUGGCCCUCAUUGCACAAACUGGAGAUCAGCCUUCGGCCACCAGCAGGACCCAGGCCACAUUCCCUAUUUCCAGUCUGGGAGACCCUAAGUGGUGGAAUGCUGCGGUGGUGGAUAGAGACCCGGAUUCCUGGACCAUUUCAGUGACCGCGCCCACGGAGGCUGUCAUCGGUCACUAUUCACUCCUGCUGCAGGUCUCGGGCCGGAAGCCGCGCCUCUUGGGCCGGUUCACUCUGCUCUUCAACCCCUGGAGUCGAGAGGACAAUGUGUUUCUGGAAAAUGAGGCCCAGCGCCAGGAGUACUUGCUGAACCAGAAUGGCAUCAUCUACCAGGGCACCGCUGACUGCAUCCAGGCAGUGGCCUGGGACUUUGGUCAGUUUGAGAAAGAUGUCAUCGACCUCAGCCUAACCUUACUGAGCGUGGACAAGCAGGUGGAGGAAUGGGGCAACCCCCAGCACGUGGCCCGCAUUCUGGGUGCCUUGCUGCAUGCACUUCAGGAGAAGCAAGUCCUGCCCAUGGACCAGUCCACCCAAGAAGGGGCCUUGCUGAGCAAGCACCGGGGCAGUGUUCCCAUCCUAAGGCAGUGGCUCACAGGCCACGGGCGGCCAGUGUAUGCAGCCCAGGCCUGGGUGCUGGCCGCUGUUGCCUGCACAGCACUGCGAAGUCUGGGAAUCCCUGCCCGUGUCAUCACCACCUUUACCUCCGCCCAGGGCACUGGUGGAGGCCUGCUGGUUGAUGAGUACUACAAUGAGGAGGGGCUCCAGAAUGGAGAAGGCCAGCGGGGGAGAAUCUGGGUCUAUCAGACUUCUACAGAGUGUUGGAUGAACCGGCCUGAUUUGCCCCCAGGCUAUGUUGGCUGGCAGAUUCUGCACCCAAGCUCCCUUCAAGGAGGUGAAGUCCUGAAGGCCUGUGACCUAGUUCCAGUCAGAGCCAUCAAGGAGGGAACACUGGAGCUGACCCCUGCUGUGGCAGAUCUCUUUGCUGCAGUCAACGCCUCAUGUGUAGUGUGGAAGUGCCGGGAGGACGGGGCACUGGAGCUAACUGAUUCCAACACUAAGUAUGUAGGAAACAAUAUCAGCACCAAGGGUGUGGGCAGCGACCGCUGUGAGGACAUCACUCAGAACUACAAGUACCCCGAAGGAUCUCUUCAAGAGAAAGAGGUGCUGGAAAGAGUCCAGAAAGAGAGAAUGAAACAAGGGAAAGACAAUGGCAUCCACCCUCCCAGUCUCGAGAUGACUGAUCCCCUGUACCUGUUCCUGGAAACUCCCCCCGUCCUACCUCUGGGAGGAGAUAUGCAGCUCUCUCUGACACUGAUUAACCCUAGUGACCAGGAGAAGACUGUACAGCUGGCCAUUGGGGUACAGGCGGUGUACUAUAAUGGUGUCCUUGCUGCUGAGCUCUGGAAAAAGAAGAUGCUCCUUAAUCUCAGUGGAAACCUGGUUCAGAGAAUCACCACCAGCCUAUCCUUCAGCCAUUUUGAACAAAAUCCGCCAGAGGACACCUUCCUCAGACUCACUGUUGUGGCAACACACUCCCAGUCCAGUCUCAGCUGCUUUGUGCAGGAAGACAUUGCCAUCAGGAGACCACAACUUACCAUCGAGAUGCCAGAGAAAGCAGAGCAAUUCCAACCUCUUACUGCCACAGUCAGUAUCCACAACACCCUGGAUGGUCCCAUGAAGGACUGUUUCAUCUCCAUCCUUGGAAGGGGACUCAUCCACCAGGAGCGGAACUACCGACUAAGGUCAGUGAGGCCUGGAAACACCUUACGCACACAAUUUCAGUUCACACCGACACACGUGGGGAUACAGAGACUGAUUGUGGAGAUGGACUGUAACAUGUUCCAGAAUCUAACCAGUUACAGAAAUGUUACUGUAGUGGCCCCCCACCUUCCAGCUUAA